CCUCCCCUCCCCACUCUUACCAGCUGAUUCAAAUCUAAGUUUUGCUGUCAUGAUCAAGGUGGCACGACUUUAAACAUGAUUAGACAAGUCGCUUCUUUGGGGUUGCGGCACGCCUUCAGGGUGUCCGCCCAGCCGUCCAGGGCCAUCGCUAGCGGAAAAAGGACCCUGCCUAACAACACAAAUUCCAUCCUCACUGCUGGCUUUUCUUCCAAAGUCGGUGACAAUAAGCAGCAGCCGUUGGAGGUGCCGACGAACAUUGAGAAGAGCGACGCAGCACAACGAGCUGUGUUCCACCUGCACACAGGGCAGGACGUGCACCCCACGUAUCAACCCCAACCUGCUGAGCCCUCCUCAGGGCAGAGUUCAUACGACUACAACAAGACGGUCAGUCUGCACUCGGUGAUGCAGAGCAACGUUCCUCAGCCGUUCGCUGCGUCCGGAAAGGCGCCGUCGCACCUGAACAUGCCUGGCGGCCAACACACCCAGGACUCCAAGUACCUCGCGCACGAGCAGCAGAACUUGCACGCCUCAAAAACAGAGGAGGAAGCGGCGGAGGCAGCGCCUGUUGUGGAGGAGUUGUCGCGGAAGGAGCGGUUCAAGAGGGCGGUGAAGGAGUACGGCGCCACCCUGAUUGUCUUCCACGUCAGCAUUUCGUUGCUCUCGCUCGGCGGCUGCUACACCGCCGUCUCCAGCGGGCUGGACUUGGCGGCCGCGGUGCAGCGACUGGGCUUGGAGAUUUCGACGCCGUCGCUGGCGAGCGCUGGCACGUUUGUGGUGGCGUACGCAGUGCACAAAGUGUUCGCGCCGGUGCGCAUCAGCAUCACCUUGGCCGCGGUGCCCCUGCUUGUCAAGUACUUCAGAGUCAAGAAGCGAACCGGCAAGUGAUUGCGCCAGAAUGAAAAAUUGAAAUUCGAAAUUUAUUUUCGGCCCGUUCAAGUGUGUUGAGGCAAAACUUGGCAUUGGCGCCGCGCUGCGCAUUUUCUAAAAAUAAAAGCCUCACGCAAUAACAACAGAGGAAAAGGGACAAAGAAAUGACGCGUGCACAAGAUUCAUAUUAUUUGUCAAACAGACAUUUUAUUUGCCAGCCUGGUUCCCAUUUAUUUAUACAAUAUAAUUAUGUCAUAGAUUCCUGGAUAUAAAAUAAACACAAUUUUGUCAGA